AUGUUGCCCCAACCACAUAGUGAUGCGCCUGUCGCAAGGUUUCUAGAUGGCACGCGACCAGGGAAGAUCACCGGUCAAGAUGUGGAGAAGCAGCCCUUGUUACAUUCCUCGUCGGUGGUGAAGACAACAGUGUUAGGGCCGAGUUCGCUGGUCCACCGCUGGGAAGAUACCAGGAAUAUGCUCCAUUUGAGGAGAUUUGGCGUCCUAGCCAUUAUUGCUUUGCUACUUGUCGUGACAAAUGUGACCCGCGCUCAAGAUCCCUCAAAAGAACAUCCACAUCGCCACCCGGGAGGUGAAACAGGGUGGUAUCAUGGGCUCGGCCCGGGGAAGCUAGGGGCUGUUGCAAGUGAAAGCUCCAUUUGCUCACGACAUGGAACGGAUAUGCUGGAGAUGGGUGGCAAUGCGGCGGAUGCUAUGGUCGCUGCCCAGUUUUGUGUUGGGGUCAUUGGCAUGUAUCACAGUGGUAUCGGUGGAGGCGGCUUCAUGCUUGUGCGAGCGCCGAAUGGUUCGUAUGAAUUCAUUGACUUUCGCGAAACCGCACCGGCAGCCGCUUUCGAGGACAUGUACUACAAGAAUGCAGAAGCUUCCAUACAUGGAGGACUGGCAAGCGGCAUUCCUGGUGAAGUCCGUGGUCUUGAAUAUCUUCACAAGAAUUAUGGUUCCUUGCCCUGGUCGACUGUUCUACAGCCAGCAAUUCGCACUGCGCGUGAAGGCUUUCCUGUUACAGAAGAUACGGUGAAGUAUAUGAAGUCUGCCGUUAGUGACGGAGUAGAUCUCCUUACCACUGACCCCAUAUGGGCCUUGGACUUUGCGCCGAACGGGACUCGAGUAGGCUUGGGAGAUACGAUGACACGGAAGCGACUCGCCGACACCCUUGAGUCUAUUGCCGAGCAAGGUGCCGAUGCUUUCUACUCCGGUCCUAUAGCUAAGACUAUGAUCAACGCUCUACAGGCGCAAAAUGGAACGAUGACUUUGGAGGAUCUCAGCAAUUAUACCGUUGCUAUUCGUGACACCGCGCAAAUUGAUUAUCGUGGACACACUGUCACAAGUACAACUGCCCCUUCAAGUGGCGUUGUUCUGUUAAGCAUUCUGAAGAUCCUGGAUGGUUAUGAAGGAUUUUUCUCUACUGAAAAUGCCGUGAAUCUAAGCACUCACCGAAUGGAUGAGGCGAUGCGAUUUGGCUAUGGCCAGAGAUCGGAACUAGGUGAUCCGCUAUUUGUGGAAGGCAUGGACGAUUAUCAAAAGAACAUGCUCAAGGAGUCGACUGCCGCCGAGAUUCGAUCAAAGAUCUCAGACACGCAUACUCUCGAUGUGUCCGCCUACGAUCCUGCCGGUCUUGAAAGUUUGGACACUCCUGGGACCUCCCAUGUUACCACGGCCGAUUAUACUGGUAUGGCCGUUUCUUUGACCAGUACCAUCAAUCUUCACUUCGGUAGCAAAAUCAUGGUUCCCGAAACAGGUAUCAUCAUGAAUGAUGAGAUGAAUGAUUUCUCCAUCCCUAAUACAUCAAACGAAUUCGGAUACAUUCCCUCCGAAGCAAACUUCAUCCGACCCGGGAAAAGACCUCUGUCAUCUAUCACACCCGCAAUAGUCACUCGACCAGAUGGCUCUCUACUUUUGAUCACUGGCACGGAAGGAGGCAGCCGAAUCAUCACUACAACCGUACAAAAUAUCAUACACGUUAUUGACCACGGUCUGAGUGCCGCGGAGGCUCUCGCCCAGCCUCGUCUCCAUGAUCAACUGGUUCCGAACCAAGCCACCUUCGAAUAUGACUAUGAUAACUCCACUGUCGCUUUCAUGGAGAGUCUCGGGCACAACGUUACGUGGGUUGCUCCCGGGCAGAGUGGCUCACAGGCAAUCCGUGUUCUUCCUAAUGGGACAUUCGAUGCUGCCGCUGAGCCGCGACUGAUCGACUCGGCCGGUUAUGCUGUAUAG